UUGUGACGUAAAUGCUUUCAAUAAAUUGUGGCAAAUAAUAUUAUUUUUAGUUGUGAAGGACCCGUCACACGUCAUAGACUAUUUAAGGAAGCAUUAUCCACAAUGGGCAGAAUACGCGGACAAAAAUGAUGACGUUAUUGAGAAAUCAACGAUUAAAAAUGACUACAAUGUACUAAGAACGAGUGGAAAACAUCUGAAUAAGCUGAAAAUAGACAGCAGCAAGAACAUAUCACUUAACACACAAGAAGAUGUAAAUAAUACAUCGAAAACAAUCAAACUCGUUAAUCAAAUUAAUAUUAAAAAUCAAAACAUUGACAAAACAUUGGAAAAUCAACACAAAACAGUCAUAGACACAAAUGUUAAUAAAAAUAUUAAUAUAACUGAAUAUAUCAAUUAUCAAGAUAUAUCAAAAUUCAAAGAAUAUAAUAAUAAAAAAGAAAUACCAAAUAUGAUAGGAACAAAUAAUAUUAUAGAUUCAAAAAAGAUAAGAGAAAGCCUAGAUUUAGACGCCCUAGAUUAUUCAGAAAUUGAAUAUUCUAAACAUACUGAUAAUCGAAUAAAUAACGAAGAAGUUGUUAACAAUAAUAGUGAUGCGACAAUAUCUGAUAUCGAUAAUUAUUUAAUCGAUAAACAAACUAUCAACAAUGAUAUUGUAGUAAUAUCGGAUGACAGCACUAGUCCAGAUGAAAAUACAGAUCAAAAUAAAUACAAAAAUAAUUCGAAAAAUAACGAUAUCCCAAAACCGUACAAUAUUAACUCGAAAUUCAAUGAAAAUACGUCAAAAAUGUACAAUAUUAUUCCGAAAUUUAAUGAAAAUACCCCUAAACCCUACGAAAGUAGUAAAAAAAUCGCUAUAUUAAACGAAAGCUACACCAAAAAUGGUAAUUCACUUCGCGAUGAUAAUACAAACGAUUCUGGUUUUGAAAACGAUAGCACUUUCGCUCUAUCAGCUGUGAAAUUAUUCUUCAGUGAACUUUGCAGUACUUUCAGAAUUACGCAUAAAUUAAUUGGCCAAUGUCGUCUGUUAAUAAGUAAAGAAGAUUUAUGUGAAAUGAAAAAAAAACAAUUGCGGUAUCAAGCGAGCAAGUCCUUAGAAUAUUUAACGCCCAUAAUGCAGCAUUUAGAAAGCAUUAUCAAAAGGGAAUCAGCAGAGGAAACGGUUUUAAAGAGCUUAUUACUGAAGGCUGGUUUAGAAGCUAGCAUGGACAAGAGAAUGACGCACUACAGGCAAAUUGCGAUCAAAUUCUUGGAACAAGCUCACAUAUUAGAAUUUGGUUUAAAAUCUAUAGUUUCCAUAACAAAUGGUAAUUUCACAGCUUUACCUGCGACCGAAGUGACCACUUCCAAUUAUUUCAAUAUAUUCGAAUAAAUUAAAGAAUAAGAAAAUAAACCUUAAUCCGUUGUAAUAAAGUGCUGAUUUGUUCAUCAAUGACGAAUAUCCUUAUAAACAUUUGGUUGACUGCAUAAAGUUUUGGUUAUUGUUAUUGAGUAUUAUUGAUUUAUAUAAAACUACAAAUUAUCCCCGCAAACGUUGUUUUAUCGUAUAAAUAAUUAAAUUUUCUAAGCAAAAUCUGAAGAAAUUGUUUACAUUCGAAUAAAAAUAUUGACGGGUGGACUACCCUUAACAUAGCAUAAAAGAUAGAUCUACCCAAUAUGUUUAGUUUACCCAUAAACACCGCGACGCGCGAAUUUAUAUACCUACUUAUAUAACAUAAAAACUAUGUAUAAUUUGCUUAUCAUUUAAAUUGUAAUAGAAUUUAAUUAAGUUCGUCUGAAAAGUUCCUAUCUAAUUAUGUAAGAAAUUGACUGAAUAAUAAUUUAGUUUCAUGUUAUCGUUGGAGUUUAAUAAUAAUUAUAUGUCAAUAAUAGGGUUUUUGACUAAAAUCUUAUAAUGUGAUUCUGUUUAGUCCGUCAGACAGACUUUCCAGUGAUAUUAAAAGAGUGUUUUUUUCAUUUAAUCACAUCGUUUAAAAGUAAGAAAGAUAAAAAGCACUUAAGC